UUUAAACAUAUGGUAGCCUGGUGGUGCCAGUGCGCUGGAAAGCGUUGUAGUGCUGCCAUUUGUGAGUAUGUAAGUACUUUAUCGGACAUGAGUAAGCAGUGCUGCCAGACCAAAAGACUUUCCUGUCAAAAAUUGAGAGUAAACAAAUUAAUUCCGACUUCGAAAGCAAAAACCACCAAACGUUUGGCAAAUAAUAACAAAUGUCUGCACGAAAUGGCUGAUAUAAAAGAAAUUGUUAUUGUUGUCAAAUGGAGCGGUAAGGAGUAUCCUGUCGACCUCGCCGACCAGGAUACUGUGGAAGUGCUGCGUCAUGAAAUUUACCGCAAAACACAAGUCCGCCCCGAUCGGCAGAAGUUAAUAAAUCUGAAGCACAAAGGCAAGCCCGCUCCCGACAAUCUGAAGCUCAGCCAACUGGAGCUGAAACCGAACUUUAAGCUUAUGAUGGUCGGUUCUACGGAAGCAGACAUAGAGGAUGCAUGCAGUCUACCGGAUGAUAUUGGUGAGGUCAUCGAUGACUUCGAUGAUGCCGAGGAGCGUGAAGAGUCUGUGGCGAACUCUGCUGUGUACUUGGCAAAGGUGCAGCGACGCGUGAGGGACUAUAAGAUCACAGAGCUGUCGCCACCGCGAGAAGGGAAGAAGCUAUUAGUGCUAGAUAUAGAUUAUACACUCUUUGAUCAUCGCUCGCCAGCUGAGACGGGUACAGAGUUAAUGCGCCCAUAUUUGCACGAGUUUCUGCAGUCUGCCUAUGAACAUUAUGAUAUAGUUAUCUGGUCGGCCACCAGCAUGCGGUGGAUUGAGGAGAAAAUGCGCCUUCUAGGCGUGAGCAACAAUGAGAAUUACAAAAUCAUGUUCUACCUCGACUCGAAUGCCAUGAUCUCAGUGCACAUGCCGGAACGCGGUGUGGUGGAUGUCAAGCCGCUGGGCGUUAUCUGGUCAUUGUACAAGCAGUACAGCUCCACCAACACGAUUAUGUUCGACGACAUUCGUCGCAACUUCCUGAUGAAUCCCAAGUCUGGUUUAAAGAUACGACCCUUUAGACAGGCCCACUUAAAUCGCAGCAAAGACAAGGAGUUACUCAAACUUUCGGACUAUUUACGUAAUAUAGCCUUGCACUGUAAUGACUUCAAUUUGUUGAACCAUCGCAAGUGGGAGCACUACGAUCCCAAAAAGAAUUCUUAGACCUAUGUCAACAACUAGUCCAUUAUGUAAAAGACUUCCGUGUUUGUUUAGAUGGACAGUAGUUUAUU